AUGCCAACUACCACUGAAGUAAUCAGCUCUGUAAACGACACUCUUGCCGCACAUGCGGCCUUAAUUUCUCGCGUUCGUGCCACCCAAAACGAAUUUAGGCAACAAUUGCACGCAUUUCAGUCCCCACCCUAUGAAAUACUGAAACUUCCAACCAUCCCGAGCCCAACCUCGUCACCCGGACUAUCCGAACGAUUCUCACCUCCGCCGUCACCGACACUGAAGGAGCAGCAGCACCAGAAGCAACUUCAACGGACCGAUUUACCGCCUGCGAAGCGGGCUAGGGCUUCUAGAUACCGAAAUUAUGUCCCCGAGGAGGAAACCAUCCGGAAUGACUACUCUCAGAGAUAUGUCGACGGCGGAGAAUGGCCGCAGAACUGGGUCCUCGGGACAGACCCAGAGCGAAGAUUCGAAGAAUACCCCAAGCAGCGACGCUUGCUGGAGCUCAAGAAGGCAUCUGUAGCUCAGCACGCUGUUUCUCCCUCUUACCUUCCAUUUUCAGAACUACAGUCUCUGGGGUCUUCUAAAUUCGACGUUGUCCUCAUAGACCCGCCGUUCUCUUCGUCGUUUACUUGGGAUCACCUUCAAGAACUACCAAUUCCUUUGCUGGCAGCCGAACCUAGUUUCAUAUUCCUCUGGGUAGGCAGUGGUGCUGGCGAAGGCCUUGAAAGGGGGAGAGAGGUGCUCGCGAAGUGGGGCUAUAGGCGAUGUGAGGACGUCGUAUGGGUCAAAACUAACAAGACUACUAACCGCGGUCCCGGGACAGAUCCUCCGACUACCUCGUUGCUCACACGCACAAAGCAACAUUGUCUGAUCGGAAUUCGAGGGACUGUCCGACGCUCGACCGAUAGUUGGUUUGUUCACUGCAAUGUUGAUACAGACGUGAUUAUAUGGGAAGGCGACCCUCUGGACCCCACCCGCAAACCGCCGGAGAUGUACACAUUGAUUGAAAACUUCUGCCUGGGUACACGGCGAUUAGAAUUAUUCGGUCGUGUUCCAACAUCAUUUCGGCGGGGAUGGGUGACAGUUCUGAGCCCUGGUCACGAGGACCGUCUCCCUACUUCAAAAAAUGACUCUGGUUCAAUAAAGGUCGAAACAGAGGACGGCGGAACCGUGGAUUUGACCCGGUGGGAUAAGGACAAAUGGGAGCACGGGAUACAGCAGAUUGCGGAGGGAGGGAAGGCCAUCGUGCCUACAACACCAGAUAUUGACACUCUGCGCCCCAAAUCGCCGUUCAGACCUGGACAAGGACAUCAGAUGCCUGGUGGGUCGGCCAUGGGUGGCCCUGCUGCCGGGAGGAUGAUAGGGGCGGGUAACCGGGGUGGAUUUGGUUCAGGUGUUCAUGAUCCAGGCCAAAUGAUGGGUCAACCGAUGAUGGGCAUGACAAACAUGGGUAUGGCCACCAUGGGAAUGGUCCCUGGGAUGGGGAUGGGCGUUGGUGUCGGUGUCGGUGUCGAUGAUAUGAUGUGGCAGGGUGCUGGGAUGGGCGUAGGGAUGGGCAUGGGCAUGAACCAGAUGGGUGUGGGAGGUAUGGGCCAAGGAGGGGGCAUGGGCACCGGCCUUGGCUUAGGAGGAAUGAAUAUGCCAACGAUGAUGGGUGGGAUGGGUCAGAUGAGCAUCGGGGACUGGGGUGAUCAGAACCAGUUCGGUAUGGACACUGGGUGGGAUCACAACGACAAUAGGACUGGAGCUAUGGUUCCGGGCGGCGGGACGAACCUCGGGGUCAACAUGGGUAAUAUGAAUAUGAACAACGGUAUGGGUAUGGGGCAAUGGGGCACAGGCGGAUUCUAA